CCCACUGUCAUGGCGACUCCCUGAAGCCGACCAGCCCCAGGCCGGCGUGGAGUUGUCUGUGAAGCCCGGAGCAGGCGAGCGGUGGAGGCGAGAUGCAUUCGGACGAUGUUGUCUGGGACAGUCUUGGAAACAAACAAUUCUGCUCAUACAAAAUAAAGACAAAGACACACAACUUUUGCCGCAAUGAGUAUAACCUGACAGGUCUGUGCAACCGAUCAUCCUGUCCCCUGGCAAACAGCCAGUAUGCGACCAUCAAAGAGGAGAAAGGUCAGUGUUAUCUGUACAUGAAGACAAUAGAGCGGGCGGCUUUCCCCAAUCGACUCUGGGAGCGGGUCCGACUGAGCAAGAACUAUGAGAAAGCUUUGGAGGAGAUAGAUGAGAACCUCAUCUACUGGCCACGCUUCAUCCGGCACAAAUGCAAGCAGCGCUUCACCAAGAUCACACAGUAUCUGAUCCGCAUUCGGAAGCUGACGCUCAAGCGACAGAGGAAGAUUGUUCCUUUAAGCAAAAAGGUUGAAAGGCGAGAGAAAAGGAGAGAGGAAAAAGCCCUGAUUGCUGCUCAGCUGGACAAUGCCAUUGAGAAGGAGUUACUGGAGAGACUAAAGCAGGAAACGUACGGAGAUAUCUAUAACUUCCCCAUACAUGCCUUUGACAAGGCUCUGGAACAGCAGGAUGCAGAGAGCGAAGCGGAGUCUGACACAGAGGAGAAGGAUGAAGAGGAGGAAGACGAGGAUGCUGACAAGCGGGAGUUUGUAGAGGUAGAUGAGAGCGACCUCAGUGACUUUGAGGACAUGGAUAAGCUGGCGACAAGCAGUGAGGAGGAGCAGGAUGACAAAUCCUCGAGCGAGGAAGAGGAGAGAGAGAUGGCGGAGAGAACCUGUCACUCCAAAUCCAAGGGCAAAACUCCUGUGAGAGGACCAGCCAGGAUAAAACGAGCCUACAUUGAAAUAGAGUAUGAACAGGAAACAGAACCUGCAUCCAAAUCGAAAACAACCUGACUC